AAAGAAUCUUCAUUAGUAGACCUAUCGCAGUGCCCUUAGAAUAUGUACAAAUUAGCAGUUUUUUGUUUGCUGAUCGCCAAAAGUUUGGCCCAAAAUUGUUCGCUUCCAAACGUAUCGGCGCUGGUUCAAAGAAGAAUUGACAGCGAAGGUGAGAUAGUUAGUUUCGAUGAUAAAAUACAGCUAGCAGAAGAUGCUUUCUACCUACUGGUCAACCAAAGUCUGUUGCCUAGUUUGUGUCAAGGCUCGGUCAAAAUUUUGGACGAACUUUCCAUCAUCCAGAUUAGGAACUGCAGCCUGAUGGAAAUAGAACCUGACGCUUUUGAUAUUACCCCCACCCUGAGUCUAUUGAAGAUUAGCUACAACCCUUUGGCCAUGCUGAAAAAAGGGAUUUUCCGGAAAGUUCGAAGUAAAGAAAUCGACCUUUCCCACAACGCUAUAACCUCCAUAGAAGAAGGAACCUUCAGCAACAGCACUUGGUUGGAAAUAGUGAGGUUGAGCUAUAACGCCAUAAAAAAGUUAGAUCCAGAUUGGUUUUUGGACACUCCGAAUUUGUACAAGCUCAGUGUGAUUUACAACGAACUGACUGUGGUUCCCAGCGCAGCUUUCCAGAACUUAGCGAAAAAUAGAAGCUUGAAGCUUAGGCUUUCUGCCAACAUGAUUUCUAGAGUGGAAGAAGACGCUUUCGCUGGAGUAGGAAAUAUCAGGAAUCUCUGGAUGAACGGAAACAAACUGAGAACUUUGCCAGAAUCUUUGUUUCAGAACAGAACUAUCGACCUGUUGGAAGUCAAUAGCAAUAAGCUACUUUGUUUUCCUGAUAGCAUCUAUCUAAGUGACUUGAAGAGGCUGGAGUUUUUCGAUAAUCGACAUUUUAGUUGCGAGUGUUUACAGGAAGUGAGGAAUUUUGUAGAGGAAAGGCUGGUUGAAGUUUGGUAUCCUGCUAUAAUCUGCGAAAAUGCUACCAGAGGAGUUAAUAUAGUGUACAAUUUGAAUAGGACCUAUGAGAUCCCACUUCUGACACCAUCUAACUAAAUUUGAAUAAAUGUGACGGUA